UUUACAUUAGACAACGUUAAGCAACUUCAAUAAGAAAUUUAAAAAGUUCACUGGUUCGCGAACUACCUUACCAACACUAGGUACGCUUUACGUUGCUAUUCUACUGUUGAAGAUUCACAGUUAUAUAGGCUUAAGAACGCUAACAAAAUGGCGGAUCCGAAUGGAUUCAAGCUUUUCAGAACAGUUGAUCCGACGACCGUCAAUGUAACGAUCAAAGAGAAAUUCGCUAAACUGACGCUCUCUUCGAACAAGAAAAAACAGUUACCAAGAAAAAAUACGCCGCAAAAGGAGCACCAAUCAGAACCGCAAUCAACUAAAUGCAACAACGUAAGUCGCCAACUGUUGGGUGAGCUAAAUGAUAUUCCGACUGCUAAAUCCUACGAGCAUCCACUGCUUCGAAGCGAUUCCUCAUCCGCUAACAUAAUGGGACAGGAGCAAACUCCAAAAGCAGAAGACACCCGGUCACAACAUGAUGCUUCCGAUUAUAUGGAAGCACUGCAUCUGAGCGCCGACGGUUGCACACAACAAACACAAGACGUGGACGUGGAGGCCUUAUCCGCGCAGGUUCUCACUUUGACAGUACAGCCCGAAAGGAAGCUGCCGCAGGACCAAUCUAUUUGCAUAUCAUCAACCACUGCAGAAACGGACGAUGAUAGUGCCUCGUGCAUUACCAUAUCAGAUACCAGUAUAAGUGAGCAUGAUGAGCAUGAUGAGCAUUCUGAGCAGGAACCAGUGCAAAGGGAACCGGAGGUGACCAGCAUGACGGUCAGUGCGCAGCUGCCUCCAACAGCAGAUUUGUCGAAUGUGAAGGUGCAGCGCAUAGAAGCCUUCCUGCGGGACGUCUCCUUCGAGCGCCGUGAGAUAAUUCGCCGUGGCUUCGCGGAUAUGUCAGCCGAUAUCACACGGCUGGCCAGUGCUGACACGGAGGACAUGAGCCUAGGAGAGGUCGAUUGCUCUCAAUUGCUGUCCAUGUCACAUGGGCAGAUUGAUAGCAGCAAACGCUUAGCGGACAAUGACACGGAGGUGAAUACAGUGUGCUCCGAGGCACAAGUAGACAGCAGCAAACGCUUAGCGGACAAUGACACGGAGGUGAAUACAGUGUGCUCCGAGGAGCGAACAGAGCUGGACAGCUGCAAGCGGCUGGCAAAUGAUGACACAGAGGUAUGCACACCAGAUAUGGAGGAGCCGCUGUCCGAGUCGUCUGGCCAACAGACGAAUCUGGAUGAAACUAUACCGGAGACCAGCAGCGAGCUGGAUCACUCGCUGUCCAGACCCACCUCGGCAGCAUCGGCGGAACCUGCGGAAGUGGAGCACACGCCUGCCAUACAAGUGAGCAGUAUCAAUAUAUCGGCAAAGAUCAACAUUAAGAUACACAUACCCAAUCUGGACUCGAGCUCGGCGGAGUCCGAGAACGUCUCGGAGGCGGAACAGAGCAUUGUAGAAACUGCGCCCACUUCAGAUGAACGGUCAGAGACAUGCCAACAACAAGUUGGUGAGCGCAAACAGAACUGCUCUGUGCUGGGUAGCGAUGCCUCAGAGGAUGAGCAAUUUCUGACACAGGCUGAAAAGCUAUUGAAUCAACUGUAUGGCAAAUCCUGGCAAACUCCGGAUGUCAUACGUACGCUUAAGCGCUCCAGCGGCAGUGGUGGCAAAGUUGCGCCUGCUGAGCCGCCAAAGCGCGCGCCUCUCACCGAGGUCAAGCGGCAGCCCAAGGCGAGAACAGUGAAAAAGCUAGCGGCGCCUGAGACACCUGUCAUGCCCAACGAUAGCGCACUGGGCGACUUCAGCAUAUUUAAGCGCGCGCUGCACUCAAACAAAUUCAACUCCACGCACUUGCCAAGGGCCGCUUGCACUGAGAAGCGAGCAAACAGGCCGCGCGUGCGCACCAAACAUAUUGACGAGGAGCGCUGGCGGGCACUUGUCGACACGGACAGCGGCACCGAUGCCUCCGAUGAUGACGAUGCGAAUGCCACGGACAGCAGUGGCACAGACGAUGACGAGGCAGCAGAAGAUGGACAUGUCACCUAUUUGGAUCUGACCAAAAAUGAGGUCGAGGUGGUUAGCGAUCCAGAUGCGGAGCGUGCAUCCCCCAAACACCAGCCAAGACUCGAUGAUAUUCUGCGCACAUGCCGGGCAAGCGAUAAGCCCAAGUUACCAGCAACGCCUACGAUGACGACAACGAUGACGACACCAUCAUCAAAUCCCACACGUAGGCAGCUAUUUACACCCAACAUCGGCUACGAGGACACGAGUGAAGCUAAACGAAUUGUGGAUCAAGCAAUCGAUACGAAUAGUCUUGACCAAUUGGAGAUUGUCUAUUUGCCGGGCACGAAUGUGCACAAGCGUGUGCAGGAGGUGAAGAGACAGCUGGGCAUAGGAGUGGUGACGCCUAAGGCGAAGCCCGUCUUUACUGUGCCGACGCCAAAGACAGCUCCGCCAGCCAAGACUGUGGAGCGCGCCAAGAAGGUGCCAGCCACGAACACGAAAAUUGCCUCGAGUGGCAAAUGUAGUUUUUUGAAGUCACUGGAACCACAAAUCAGUCGCGAGCAUUGCGACAAUGAGGCCUUCUUUUAUCGUGAAAACUUUGCCAAGAACAAGGAGCAGCUGGCGACGUUGCUCUAUAACAUGUUCAACGCUCAGGUAUUCAAUAACGAGCUGAGUGUGCCACUGAUCUGGUCGGCGAGGCUACGCAACACAGCGGGCAGGUGCAAAAAUAAAAAUAAGCUGCAGCAGCGUAGCAGUGUCGUAGAGCUGAGUGUGAAGGUGCUAACCAGUGCCGAUCGACUCCGUUGCACUCUAAUCCAUGAGCUAUGCCAUGCGGCUGCAUGGGUAUUCAACGGUGCUGGCGGACACGGAGCCAUUUGGAAACGCUGGGCACAGCGUGCCAAUGACAAAUUCCCAGAUCUGCCGCCCAUUACAGUGUGCCACAACUACAAAAUUGAAUUCAAGUACACAUACAAAUGCAACAGCUGCAACACAGCCUCACAUGCUCACUCCAAGUCGCGCAAGGUGGAGAACUUACGUUGUCGUCUUUGUCGUGGCCCAAUUGUAUUGCUUCUGAACAAAAAGAAUAAGGUGGGCGACAUUGUGGCGACGCCGGUGCGCGAGGCGACUGGGUUUGCCAAGUACGUUAAGGAUAACUUUCAAAAACACAAACGCGACAAUCUUACGGCUGCGCAGGUGAUGCGCAUUCUGAGUGCCGAAUAUGCUAAGGAGAAGGGCAAAGGUCACACAACAAACAUGGACGAAGCAGCGGCGCAAGCCAUCGCUAAACAAGUGGAAACCUUGAUAUUAGACAGCGAUUAGAAAAUCGAAGCAUACAGCACGAAAGAGUACAACAUUUAUUUUGAUAUGUAGUUUACAAUUUUUUUUUGUAUUGAUAUACAAACAUAUAUAUAUUUUCUAGUUGUCAAUUAUUUUGAGUAUUGGAUUUCAAUUAAAAUAAAACCACUUUAAGUUAGCAGUUGCCAUUUGAUU